UUUUUUAAUGAAGGGACAACUAAUUAACGGCUAACAAGGAAACAGAUAGCAAGAAAUCUCCCUCUCUCGUCACCGGUCUGGCGAAUUCUGCUCCUCUCGCGGUGGUCGUAUGGAUUUGAGUUCCACCUACUAGUCUCCAUCAAUGGCAUCUGCGACGUGUGUCCCGCUGCAGCUAUUUGUUGGUCAAGGUCAUAAAUACAGUCGCACUUCGUUUUCAUUGCCAUUUCUCCCUAACGGGGGCAGAAGAGGUUUCCGGAAAAUAAGAGUUUUGUCGGCGGCGACGACAGAUAUAUCUACAAGCACCGUUCUCGUCACCGGCGCUGGUGGAAGAACCGGUCAGAUAGUUUAUAAAAAGUUGAAAGAAAGAUCAGAGCAGUAUGUUGCGAGAGGUCUGGUCAGAACUCAGGAGAGCAAGGAGAAAGUUGGUGGGGCAGAUGAUGUUUUUAUCGGGGAUAUAAGAGAUGCCGGCAGCAUUGUUCCUGCUAUCGAAGGCAUUGAUUCUCUCAUAAUUCUCACGAGUGCAGUGCCAAAGAUGAAGCCAGAUUUUGAUCCAUCCAAAGGUGGAAGGCCUGAGUUUUAUUUUGAAGAUGGAGCAUUCCCUGAGCAGGUUGACUGGAUUGGUCAAAAAAAUCAGAUAGAUGCUGCUAAGGCUGCAGGAGUAAAACAAAUUGUGUUAGUUGGUUCUAUGGGUGGAACAGACCUUAAUAAUCCGUUGAACAGCCUUGGAAAUGGAAACAUAUUGGUUUGGAAGAGAAAGGCUGAGCAAUACUUGGCUGAUUCUGGUAUUCCUUACACCAUAAUACGGGCUGGAGGGCUGCAAGAUAAAGAUGGAGGUGUCCGAGAAUUGAUUGUGGGGAAGGAUGACGAGAUUCUGAAGACAGAGACAAGAACUAUAGCAAGGGCUGACGUUGCUGAAGUAUGCAUUCAGGCACUGCAGUUUGAGGAGGCCAAAUUUAAGGCAUUUGAUCUGGCAUCAAAGCCCGAGGGAACUGGUUCCCCAACGAAAGAUUUCAAAUCUCUAUUCUCCCAAAUUACAACCCGGUUUUAACCCUCAACUUGGACUGUGUUUCAGUGUUUGGUCAAGGAUUAUGUUACUACUUUACCGAACAUCAAUUCGGAAUGCUGUAACUGAAUGUGUUGAUCAGGGAUGAGAACCCAAGGAAUAAUGAUAUUCAGCUGCUUGUGUUUCGUUUCUUUAAAGCAUGUAGCUGGGCAUUUAAAUAAGAGAAAUUGAGACACUGUGAAGGUUCUGUAAGUAUGUAUCAGCUUAACUUUGCAAUUGAAUGUGUUUAUUUGGUACAUGC